AUGGCAUUUCAUUUCGAAUGUCUUGACAUAAAACUUGUUUGCUUGAUAUUUGUGUUUAUUGUGUUUGAGAUAAAGAAACAUCAGCUUCCAAUUGCAAGGAUCAAGCGGAUUAUGAAAUCGGAUGAAGAAGUGAAGAAGAUAAGUGCAGACGCUCCCAUUCUGUUCUCAAAAGCUUGUGAGCUUUUUAUCCUGGAACUCACUCUUCGAUCAUGGCUCCACACCGAAGAACAGGGCCGGCGAACCCUACAGAGAUGUGAUAUUGCUCAUUCUAUAACCACUGAAUCUGUUCUUGAUUUCUUACUCGGCGUCAUUCCAGUGGAAGAAACUAAGGAAGAGCAGGCUGAGAAAGAUGAGAGUCUAACUGUUUCUGAUCUCCCAUCCAAUGAGGUAUCUCUUCCCAUGAUAGAUGUCAACAAAUUCCACCAGAAUCUUAAUGGGAAGUUCAAGGCUGGAGAACAAGUUCCUCAACGACUUAUGAUUCAACACCCAGAAUCCUCUACCCGGAUCGUUUAUGAAUCUCCUGCUGAGUCUAGAGAUAUCAAGAAUGGUGAGAAGCAAGGUGAAGCUAUCGACCUCUGUUAUGGCUCUAAAGAUGGAAUUUGA